AUGGCUGCGCCUGUAUAUAUCCUUAGUGGACAUCUGGCACGCCAUCCUGAAAAAAGACAAGGUCGAAGGACCUUACCAGAUAAGAGUAAUGAAGUAUCCAAAAUUCCAAACCCUAUAGUAAAAGAUAAAAUAUUUGCAUCUGGAGCUUUAAGUGCUGUAGAAGCCUUCUGGUCUCUAUGUCAUGAAAAUAUUAGUUGGAUUGUGUUGGAAGAGGAGUCCUGUGGAAACUAUUGA